AUGAGAGGUGUAGACAAGGCGGACAUGUUAUGUGCAUUACAUCCUAUUCCAUUUAGAAGUAAAAAGUGGUAUAUACGUAUAGCAUGGAGAUUGUUUGAUCGAAUGGUAAUAAAUUCUUGGCUUUUGGCUAAUCAUCUUGGUAAACAAAAUGUGAAUUGGAAAAAUUCGCGAUUGUGUGACUUUAAAACAGAAAUAGCUUGUACUUUAUUAAAAGGAUCAGUAGCUUUACAACGACCUGCAUUAGUACCUAUACAAAGGCGUCAACAUUCAGGCUCAGAUACUGACGAAAAUAAUCGAUCUAAAUCAGAUAGAAAAAAGCGAGAUUUAACUAGAACUAUACCGCGUAUAUUACGAUAUGAUGGUAAUGAACAUUGGCCAAAAUUUGUAAAAUCAAGAUUACGUUGUAAAUAUGAAGAAUGCGAGUUGAAAACGCAAUGGACAUGUUCUAAAUGUGAGCUACAUUUAUGCAUUCAACCACAACAUAACUGUUUUGUAGCUUUUCACACGAAACAAUAA